AUGUCGGGAGAAGCAUGGCUAUACCUCCUAGCUGUCCUCAUCAAUGCGGUCAACCUCUUUCUGCAGGUCUUCUUCACGAUCAUGUAUAGCGAUCUAGAAUGCGACUAUAUCAACCCUAUCGAUCUAUGUAACCGCUUGAACGCCUAUAUCAUUCCUGAAGCUGCUGUCCAUGCCUUCUUAACCUUCCUGUUUAUUAUCAACGGCUACUGGCUCACAAUUGCACUCAACUUGCCCCUUCUAGCAUACAAUGCGAAGAAGAUAUUCGAAAAUCAACAUCUCCUCGAUGCUACAGAAAUUUUCCGAAAGUUGAACGUUCAUAAGAAGGAAUCAUUCAUCAAACUGGGUUUCCACCUAGUCAUGUUCUUUUUCUACCUUUACAGCAUGAUCGUUGCCCUCAUCCGAGACGAAACCAAUUGA